UUUCUCAAAAUCCUACCUAACUGUUAAGAUCAUUUAAGUGACCAUAUGGAAUCAUAUACUUGGCGGAUCAUGUAAAUAUCAGGACCCACAUUGUGAUCUAUUUGAUAAUUUGAUCAUAGACAAUGAUUAAAGUAUCAAACAAAAAGUUUAUAAUAAAUUAUAAAAAUAAUAAAGCACCUCAUUUCUUGUCUGUCAUGUGUUGCUUUUAGGCAUGGGAAGGUAAAACUCAAUUUUUUCCCAUUAUCUUAAAUCACAAAUAACCCUAAUUUUUUUCACUUAGAGGCCAAACAUGUGAUUUGUGAACCAAACUCUCAUUAUCAAAGAUAAUGUUUUUACCUUUCCGUUGGGUCAAUAAUAAUAAGAAGGAAGCAUGAAAGGAGAACAAACCAAAUUUACCCUUUUUUUUUCUUCUGGAAGGUAAUUAAGGUUCAAAAUUGAUAACCGAUAAAAGGGACUAGAUCUUGGCACAAUUAUGGUUCAGUUGCUUUAUUAUGACUUAGUGGUCUUGCAUUUGAUGAAUCGGGAAAGAGUCCUCCACGCACACCCUCCUUAGUGCUGAGAUAUCCCAACCCAGCCUAGGGAUAGGUUGAAAUUAGGUGGAAUUGAAAGGCAAUAGAAAACUCGGCCCAUUAACAUCCCCUAAAGCAAGGAUUUGACUGUAUCUUCGAUAAUAAAAUAAUAAAGGAAAGAGAUGAUGAAUCGGGUGACCUGCAAAAUAAUUUUCCUAAUAGAUCAAGGUUUAGAAUUAUGUAAUUUUCUUUCAGAACUCUUUUUAUUUGUGAGAGUUAUCUCCUCCUGCUAAUGACAAUGCUGAAGAUGGGAAGAGCUAGACUUGGUGUUUGAGUAUCUGAUUUUUCCUAAGUUAUAUCAUUAUAUUAUUUUGAUUCUUUCUCAAUGCUAAUGCACUUCCAGCCAAAAAAAAAAAAGCUACUUGCUCCCUUGGAAGAGUCGUUGUGUUUACGGCGUUAAUCUACCUAACACCUAUACGUGUUGGCAUUCAAUUGGUAGGUGAAAAGAUAAGAUAAGAAACGGGAAAUUGGAAGUAUCGCAACGCUACUUCAAGAAGUUGUUCUUGCCUCUUUCACAUUUGCAAAAUAUCUGUGUGUGUGUUAAUCAUGGCUUCCAUGAUCAUACAACCGUUGAUAGGAUGGAUUCCCAUAUAUGUAAUCGAUCCUAUCAGAGUUAGGUUUCGGAUCUCACGGAACCUUAGGGAGAACAUUGAAGAAUUAGAAAACACAGCAGCGACGCUAGAUGCGAGGAGUAAAGACGAACAAGCACGACUAGAAGAAGCAAAGAGGCGUGAGGGGGUUUUUGCAUCAGCAGAGGCAAAUCGUUGGUUCACUCAAGUUCAUAAAGCUGUAUCCGACGCCAGCAACCUAAAAACUGAGUACGAGCAAAGAAGUAGAGGACGAUGUCUAAACUGCUUACGCUGUUCAGGUUAUAAGCUCAGCAAAAGAGCGUCGAAGCUCAAGCAAAACAUCGACAAAUUGUAUGAAGAGGAACUAAAAUCUCGUUGGAGUACUGUGGCUAUGCCUCUGGCUUCUACCUCUUCCUCGCAGAUAGGGAAAGGUACCUCUACCUCGCAGAUAGGGAAAGGGAAGAAGAUGGACACCGUUUCCAUCGAUGGCCAAACAGCAACAGAGAAAUUGAAGCGUGAGAUCAUCGAUGCGGUGCUGGACGAUAGGUAUGUUGUGGUUGGGUUGUACGGUAUGGGAGGUAUAGGCAAAACAACAAUCCUAAGACAUGUCUAUGAGCAUUUUCGAUUCAUCGAUUACUUUGAAUUUGUCAUUUUCGUUACAGUGUCAGCCACACCAGAUUUUGUUGAAAUACGAAAACAGAUUGCGAAUAGCUUGGGCUUCGAAAAAUGGGAAGAUGAUAAAGAUUUGAAAAAAGAAUUGCCUACCCUUCUUGAAAGAAAGAAAUAUAUGUUCAUUGUAGACGAUCUGUGGCAGCCUAUUACUGAUCUUAGUGAACUCUGCAUUUGUGCACCAACGAAGAAGAACGGCUGCAAAAUAUUAAUGGCGUCUCGGUUAUUACCGGUGGUUACAAGGUUUGUUAUCCGCUUUGCUAGGAGAGAUUCUCUUCACACGAUUCGAGUGAACAGCCUACCACCAGAUGAAGCUUGGAAUCUUUUUGUCCAAAAAGUUGGUGAGGCUAUUACUUCUAAACCAGCAAUAGAACCCAUUGCCAAGGAGGUUCUUAGAAAGUGUGGUGGAUUGCCACUUGCUAUCAUUGUUGUUGGUGGUACAAUGUCAACACGAGAAACAGAGGGAGAAUGGAAAGAUGCUGUACGUGAAUUGGAGCAUCAAGCUUCAAGUCUUGAAGGAAUAGAAGAAGAGGUAUUUCCAAUACUCAUGUUUAGUUUUGAAAAAUUGGAACCUGUUGAACAAUCUCUCUUCUUGUAUUGCUGUCUAUUUCCCGAGGAUUUCAUCUUUGACAAAACAUUAUUAUAUGAGUUUGCCAUUGGUGAAGAAACUAUGUGUGAUGAAAUGCAUAAGCUUGGAGAUUUGAGAAAUAAAGUUGAUGUUCUGAUUGGAAAGCUUCGAAAUUCAUCUAUGCUUGAGGAUGCUGGCGAAGGAGAUGUUAAAUUGCACGAUGUGUUGCGUGAAUUGGGUUUGUGGAUCACGUCUUCUACUUCUAGUUCUACAACAAAUAAGUAUGGGUACUACUACAAAUUCAUUGCGAAGGCAGGUGCUAGAAUAACUGAGGCACCCAAUCCCUCAGAAUGGAACAAAGCUACUAAGAUUUCAUUGAUUAUGAAUAAUGGGAUAGAAUCUGUACUCAAAUUGCCUGAUCAAUGUCCUCUACUGCAUACAUUACUCCUCCGAAAAUGUACUAAUAUUAAGAUCCCCCAAGUUCACUUCUUGGAGCAGAUGCCUGCACUUCGGAUACUUGAUUUGCGCGACACUGGGAUAACAAAUUUGCCAUCUUCAAUAUCUCAUCUUGUGAAUCUUCGUUUGUUGUGCUUGAAUCGUUGUGCCAAUCUACAAAAAUUGCCACCUGAAAUCGGAAUGCUGAUUCAGCUCAUAUGGUUAGAUUUGAGUUGUUGCGAGGGGCUAAGAAAACUACCAGCGGAGAUGAAAAAGUUGAAAAACUUAAGGCGUCUGGACAUCUCAUUGACUUCCCAGCUUGAGAGGAUGCCACAUGGGGUAUUUUCUGGAUUGCAUAAGCUAGAAGAGUUGGAUGCUGAGCAAAGCUUGUUAAUGUUGUACACUGAUAGUGUAAUGGAAUUGUCUAAAUUGACUCCUCGCUUGACCUCUAUUAGGAUUCCAAGGGCCAAAAUAAGAAAUAUCACGAUCUCCCAUUGGUUGAAGCCAUUAUUAUUAGUUAAAGGCAUGGCUAGAUCUUUACACCUGCAGAAUUGUGUUAUUGAUCCUUCAGCCUUGCCGGACCUUCUUUUGGAAGACUUUCCUGACUUUACAAAGUUCACAUUCUGUCAGGGUUUGAUACAGGUUCCAAGUUAUGGCUGUAGAGAACUAAUUGUUCAAUGUUGUCCAGAUCUCAAGGCAUUACUGAUCGUAAAGGAAUCCAAAAGAGAUGCUUUUGAAAGGUUAAAUAAGUUAGAAUUUGAUCGAUUAGAUCAAUUGGAGACAAUAUGCAAUGGGGUUCCACUGCAGCUUAGAUGCUUUACUAAUCUAAGAUAUAUAGAAAUAAAGGGAUGCCCCAAUCUCAAGGUGCUUUUCACUAAUGGUGUAAUUCAGUUACUGAAAAAGUUGAAGUCUUUACUUGUAUAUCGAUGUCCUCAAUUGAUGAACAUUAUGGUAUCAAAUUAUGAGGACUUGGAAAUUGUCGAUGGAAUGAUCAAUGCAUUUCCAAGUUUGGAAGAAAUGUUAUUAUUUGAGCUACCAGAAUUGACAGCCAUAUGCCAGCUUAAUUUGAAGUGGUCGCGUCAAUUUAGAAGGAAAAUUCAUCUUUGUCCUAAGUUGAGGAGGACCGGCCAUCUAGAAUGGGAAGAUGAUAAACACUCUUAUGAAAAUAUGUGGGAAAGAGAAAGAGAAAGAGAAAGAGUAAAAAGAGAAGAGGAAGAAAAGAAUGAGAAAGAAGAAGAAGAUGAAGGGGAGGAGGAGGAGGGGGGUGAAAUUCAACUUGGGGGCUAGGACAUAUUAUGACUCCUGAUAUCCUCCAACGAUAUUUUGGUAAAGAUAUGGUGUCAUAGAGAUUAUGGAAAAGAAAAUUAGGUAUGCAUGUGAAGAUAGGUAUUCACAUGCAUACCUAAUAUAGCUCUUUGAGACAUGAAGUAAUAACAAGGUCUGGUUUGGGUAGGAGUGGUGGCAUCAGGUCUUCUCAUUCACCAUAUCAGCAGAGUUCUGAGAUAGCUCUACCCAACCAAACCUUUCCAGGAAGAUGGAAUGAAGGUGUGCUUCUACAGGAAAGAGGCCUAGACUUUGUUCCAGAAACUGGGUGUCUCCCCAUUGUUGUGCUUGGUGCCUCGGGUGACCUUGCCAAGAAGAUGACAUUAUUCCUGGCACUUCCAAUCUUUUCUGGCAGGUAAAAAAAGGAUGCUUCAUGGUAGUGAUCAUAGCCUCCAUGCCAAAGUCUCCAUACGACAAGCAGCUCUUCCUCGGGACCAAUGAACGACAGUAUUAUUACUUUGAUGAUAUAUUGCUUUGCUUCUUAAAGGAAAUUUAGAAUCAAGAUGUGAUCUUUGUGAACCAAUUUCCCGACCCCAUCAAUGAAUCAAAAUGUAUGGAUUAUAAUUGGGUUGCCUCUAUUUCUGUUGUCUAUAAGUGGUGACCUCAGGAUAGACUCUGGAGUGACAUCCCCACAAAAAUUGAGUAGAAGCUUUACAGCCCUUUCUUUGUGCCAAAAGUUCCUGACUUGAGAAAUGGAAUUCUAUUUCAAAAGUGGGAACACGUGUUUGGUUUCUUGAGAUUGAGAUUGAUUGCAAUGAAGGAUUAUAAUAAGUUAGCAGUCCCCUAUCUUAUUUUUCUUCAGUUUUGAGUGUAGUUCGGAUAUAAUUCAGGCCUAGAAUGGAAACAUGCAAGUCUAGAUUUGUUAGGCAAUUGCUCCAUAGUUUAUUUCUGUUGGCG